GUUUAUCUAUGCAACGGUUUAUAUAAUGUCACGUGAUCAACUUUAGUAGGUCAUUCAUGUGCAAGAGGGAAAUAAAAAAAAAAGUUUUGACAGAGAUUCGUUGGCAACUUGCAACAGUUCGCCAGCUCAGUUUGUCCUGUAAAAACCCCUGUCCAGUUUUGAUUUCGGUAAGACCUAGAAUGCUAAAAUUAUUAUCAUGGAGGCAGAUAAAUGAUAAAUGAAACAUUUAUUUACCUCAUUUAAAGUUUUCUUUUUUGUGUGACUACCGCCAAUCGAUGAAUUGAUCUGAUAUUUUUAAAAUUGAUCUAAUACUAAUACUAAUAUUAAUAUUUAAUUUUAAUAAUAGUCCUAUACUAGUAGUAAAUUUUAUUUUAGCAAUCGUUAAUCAAUUCAAUGACAUGUAAUGUUAAUUACUUACUUUGUUUCUAUUAACUUAGUAACUAAGUUUAGUCUUAGCCUUUGGCACUUGGUUUCACUUAGACUUAAUUACUUAAUUAUUCUGAUGCGGCUUAGGCUUAGGCCUAGGCCAUGUUGAGUUCAUUCAUCCAUUCAGCCCAUUGAUUCAAAUUCAAUGACUCAUCUGAUUUGUAAAAUUUGUAGCCAACUUUAAAAUCUGAUGGUAGGCGAGCCGUCUACUAGAAUCAGAAAUAAUUAUAAUAGAAAGAAGUGAGUCUAAAAAAAAGGGGGGGGGGCGUAUUUAAAUAUUAUAUAAUAUAAGUUAUACACUACACCGCUUAACUCUCAACGCUUAACUCUCAACGUGAUGCCCAGCCGAUUGUGUAGGCCUAUGCCUAUAACUUAUAACUAUAACACUCAAAUUCAGUGUUAUUUCCAGCCGGCCAGCCGAUAAAUUGUUUUCCAUCGCCAGGGUACUAGCAGUGAAUAAUGAAUAAAAAAGGCUGUGUCUAUUAUAGUCUAUUCGGACCGGUAUCAGAAGUGAGAGGUUGGGUUUAUUAAAAACUAUUAAAAGUAUUAUUGUUGAGUUUGUAUGAUAAAAUUUGGUAUCAAAUGAAAGAUAAUUGAAUGUACUAGCCUAUAUGUUUGUAUUGUAAACUUACUUCUUCAGUUUAACUAAAAUAAACUACCACAAACGACAUCAGAAUAGCAUUUAGUCUAAAGAGACCCAGGUCCGGAUAACGGCUAUGCAUACCAGUGCCACUUUAGUAGACUAAAUGCUAUUCGAAUGUCAUUUGUGGUACUUUAUUUUAGUUAGUCCAUUCAAUUAUCUUUUAUUUGAUACCAAAUUUUGUCUUACAAACCCAACAUCAACAAUGAUAUUUUUUAAAAUCCCAACCUCUCACCUCUGAUACCCCGGUCCGAAUAGCCACUUUGAAUAAAACAUGUAAGGAAAUUUAUGGUCUGUGGUCUGUAAUUUUAAUUUUAACAGACUUUAUAAUGAUAGCACUAUGUUACUAUGAUUAUACUCAGUCGGCUGGUAAUAGUGCUCAACAUUUUUUCAAGCCAACUGUGUUUAAGUUAGUUUAACGCUCAGUGUUAAUGAUUUUUACUGCUAGUUCAACGGUAUUCCAAGCCGACUCAAUAAUCACUUAGUUUUUUAAUUCAAUUUAAAAUAUGACCAUUACUAGAUACACAAAAGUACCAGCGAACUCGCCAAAUGAGGUUUUUAAUUUAAGACACUUAAGACUUAAGAACUUUAGUACUCGUUAGUCUUUAGUGGAGCCCACUUAACUGUCUUAACCUUAAUACGUAUUACUUAAUUAUAGAUAGCCCAUUUUAAAAAAUUCAACAGAUAACUGUAGCCCAAUCUUUUUUUAUUUAAAUUUAAACUUCUAUCUUUUCUAACUACUAGCCUAGGCUAAAAAAAAAAAAUUAGACUUAUAAUAACUAAUAGACCUAGGCCUGGAAAAUUAAGUGAAGCAAGUAGUGUAGCAAACCUAAAAUAGCGGAGACUUGUUUUUAAUUGGUCUACUCAUUACUGUAAUAAAGCAUAAUUUUCAUUAAUAAAAUGCCACCAAAGCCCAUUUUGGCACCCCUAACUGGUCUGGGGGCAUCUCCAAGUUAUGAAUAACAACUUUAAUUAUAAAGUCCCGUUUACAUGAUGUGUAGAGCAGCAUUCUGAGAACUGUGGUCCAGGGACUGUCGCCGGUCAGUGAGCCGUAAAUUGUUGGUACAUUGCUGUUUCGCACAUUUUAGUAAAAAAACAAACACAAUUGGUUUAUUGUGGAUAAAAAAUAUUUUAUAACAUAUUUAAGGUCAGAUAAAAGAAAAAUAUUAAAUAAAUCUGGCACUGGUGCAAUCUGAAACCGGUUCACCAAACUUAAAUGUUUGGGAAUUGCUGGUGUAGAGGAUGAGGCAUGCUAGGUUGUAAAAUAAUAACUUGUACACUAGAAUGACCUGUGGAAAACCACAGAAGGCUUUUCCUCUGCUCAGACAAGUCAUCUGAACUUGCUUGGGAGCCUUUAGCGCCCGUGCUUUCUGUUCACCUACCUUCCCCACCCCACACCACGAUAAUGACUGUCGAUCUGAAUCAUUUUCCGAAUGUAGCAAUGCUCUGUAAAUCAAAGUAUCUGUUUAAAUGCGAUAAUUCAACAAAACUUCUUGUUUCUUUUCCCCCUUACCUUAUCUUUGGUGAUGUUCUGGAAAGCCCCCACAGUUUCUAUGUACAUUAAAAAAAAUCCAUAGAAAAGGUUGCUCAUCUUACCAAACUGAACUAUUGUUUUACUAACACUUUUAUGUAUAAAAAAAAUAUGCCAACUUUAUACAUUUUUGUACUGGUUCAUGUGACAAAAAUAAUUUUGUGUUUCCGUUGGCACUGUUUAGUGUUGUUUAUUUAAUGUUUGCAAUUAUGAUGCAAAAAAAAGCUUGGUUUCCUGUUGUCACAGAAGUUCCAGACAGAAUGAAUUUUAUGCCUGGGAUUUUUUUCAAAAUGUAUAUUUUUUUGCAGGAGGCCUACUUUAAAAUAUUUGGUGAUGCCAAUUUUUUAAUAACCAUAAAAGGCUCAUUUUAAAGGGAAAUCCUUUUUUUUUCAGUUCCUCAGAAUGAAUGUCUUUGUAGCAAUAUUAGUGUCCUCUGCAGUUUUGAUAGCACUAGUUCAUGCUGCACCUGCAGGGGAUCUGGUGACAGAGCUCCCCGGCUUGUCAUGGAAACCGAACUUCAAACAAUACUCUGGGUAUCUUAAAGGUGUUGGCACUAAAAGAUUACAUUACUGGUCAGUCUUUUGAGAUAAUUUCUAUUUUAAAAAAAAUAAAUUGCAUUGUUUGUAAUUAUUUAAUUUGAUUCAAAGUGCUAGUUGAUUGGAGCAAAUCCAACUUCUGGCAACAACAAUGGCGGUCACUUUUUUAACUUGUUUUUAUUUCUUGUCAUAUUUUCAUAUGUCCUGUCUGCUGAGGACGGCUCUUAGUUGAAACGUUCUUAUUGUAUUGUUCUGUCUUUCAAUUGAGACAUCCACAUACCUUGUCCUACUAUUUCAUUGAUUGGAGCAAACAUAUUUAUGAUAAAAGAAAUAUAUAAUUUUUUUUUUAAUUUAAAGGAUGAAGAUAAGCUUGCAUAAUGAUAAAAAAAUAGCCACACUUACUAUCUUCUACAUCAGUGGUUCUCAACCUUUGGGUCGUGACCCCUUUGGGUCGUGACCCCUUUGGGGGCCGAACAACUCUUACACAGGGGUCACCUAAAACCAUCGGGAAACACAUUUAUUAUGAAGUAGUAACCAAAAUAAUUUUAUGGUUGGGGGUUACCACAACCCGAGUAACUAUUAAAGGGCAUUAGAAAGGUUGAGAACCACUGUUCUACAUGAUGAGUAUAAUAAAGUUUUUGAGGGAUGAAUUUUUAGUUAAUAUAAAGCAAUGGUUCCUAGCCUGUGAUCUGUGGAGCCCUAAGGACUCAGCAUCCCCUUCUCAAAGGCUCAAUCUCUCCAGGAAAUAAAACAACACACUUAACUUAAAGACAUAAGCUUAGGCCCAAUGUGCUCCCUCCCCCAUAGAAAAUUAUUCUAAAAUGGGCUCUGCCAGUUUGGAACCAUUUAUCUAAAAGGGACAUUUGCUGCUUGGGAAGUUUUGGUCUAGUUUUAUAUAAAUUUAAGCUUGGUAUAUUUUUUGAAGUCACUUUCACUGCUGUUAGGUUUGUGGAAUCAUCAAGCAAUCCGAAAACUGAUCCCGUUGUAUUGUGGAUGAAUGGUGGACCGGGCUGCAGCUCACUGCAUGGAUUUCUUACAGAACAUGGGCCUUUCAGGGUUUGUCAUGGCCUUUAAUGGGUCUUCUAUGGCUUAUCAUGGUUUUUAAUAAAAAGUUCAUUUUUUAAAUAACAUAUACAUUUACAUGUUGUUAUCAUUAUUUUUAUUUUUUUGGGGAAGCUAUUUUAUAUCUACAGAAUUUUAAACAUCUAGAAAACUGUAUCAACUUUUAAAAUAGUAUGCCUACUUAAAAAUUUCUUGCUUUUGAAAUUAUUCAAAGAACAAUAAUUCUUGCGUAUCUGCAUUUUAUUUAAAGUUUGAUAUUUAAAGUUUUAAAAAUUUAAACAGAUCCAACCAGAUGGGAAAACGUUACAGCCCUUUCCAUUUGCUUGGAAUCAGGUAAAACUUGCUUUUAAAACUUGUUGAACAUUUAAAUUAAAAAAAAAAAAAGUAUUUUUGUUUCAUUAAUUUUUAAUCAGGUCAUUUAGCUGUGACUGCCAGGAAAGUUAACAACUGUUUGAAAAAGUACAUUAAAACACAAAUUCAUAUCAAAUUAUAAAGAGUUUUAGAAGGUUUAAUUUUAAUUUUUUUUUAGCUGCUUUUGCUCUCAGAAAGAAAAUUUAGGCUUACUAAAAUGUUUGUGUGCUGCUACAUUUUUGAAAAAAGUUUCAAAUUUAAUUCACAUACAAACCUCUCUCAGAGCAGUUUUUUAAGAUGCAGGCACUGUCUUUUGCUCUGAAUUUGUUGCUGAGCAGAUACCACAAUUUUAGAGAUUUACGGGAACAAAAAUUGUAAAAUCAUCUUUUACAAUGGACACAGGCUUGUAUGUCAUUGGCAACAUGAGGUUGUCAAUAGCAACAUGAGGUUGUCAAUAGCAACAUGAGGUUGUCAAAUAACUUGCCUUGUGUGUAUUCUGAAAUCUGGUUUUAUUAUAUACUUUAUUCUGAAAGGUAGCCAACAUGAUCUACCUUGAGGCUCCGGCUGGUGUGGGAUUUUCUUACUCUGAUGAUGGUAACUACACCACAGAUGAUGAUGAUGUAAGCACAUUGACUAAAAUAUUUAUUAUUUAUAAGUAGAUGUUAAAAAUAAUUUUUCUUUUAUUUAUAAGUAGAUUUUAAAAAUAAUUUUUCUUUUAUUUAUAAGUACAUUUUAAAAAUAAUUUUUCUUUUAUUUAUAAGUACAUUUUAAAAAUACAUUUUUACUUAUUUAUAUUUAGAUUUUAAAACUGUUAUUUGGCUUAUGUACCUGACCAAGUUUCUUGUUAAGUUUUCACACAGUAACAAUUUGGAUCCUUGUUGCUACAAUUUAUAAUCUUGUUGUGUUGCAGGUUGCAAGAAAUAACCACCUCGCCUUGCAAGACUUCUUUGGAAAGUUUCCAGAGUAUUCUGAAAAUGAUUUUUUCAUCUCCGGAGAAAGUUAUGGUGGUAUCUAUGUCCCAACACUAGCUUCAGUGGUCUUAGAUGAUCCAUCGAUCAACUUGAAGGUAUGUUGUCCCACCUCUAGCUUCAGUAGUCUUAGAUGAUUCAUCGAUCAACUUGAAGGUAUUUUGUCCCACCUCUAGCUUCAGUAGUCUUAGAUGAUCCAUCGAUCAACUUGAAGGUAUUUUGUCCCACCUCUAGCUUCAGUAGUCUUAGAUGAUCCAUCGAUCAACUUGAAGGUAUUUUGUGGCAACUCUCGCUUCAGUAGUCUUAGAUUACUUGAAUGUAUGGCGUUCUUAUUUGGGUAAUUGCUUGCUUUCUUAUCUUAUUUUGGUUGCCCCAUUCAAGAGGUAGAUGGGCAUUAAUUUAGAUUUGUCAUGAGCUAGAUGGACAUUUAUUCAGAUGAUCCAAUGAUGAGCUAGACGGACAUUUGUUUAGAUGUCUUGUUGAUGGGCUAGAUGGACAAUUUUUUAGAUGGCCAUUUGAUGAGAUAGAUAAACAUUUAUUUAGAUGCCAAUUUGAUGAGAAAAAUGCAGAUUUAUUCAGAUAACCCAUUGAUGAAAUAGAUGGACAUUUAUUUUAUAUGUAUUUUUUACAGUUUGACACAUCUUAUAAUUUUUUUUUUUUAUCUCAAAACAUUAGACUGUUCAUUUGAUAUCUAAGUCACCUAUUAUAUUUAGACAAAAGCUCUCAAUUCAUGAACAUAAUUUAUUCAGAAUUUUAGUUUGAGUUGGACCAGUUCAAUUUUUGUUGUAAAUUUUAACUUAACUAAGACAGAAAAAUCUCUAAGCUGUUCAGAAGGAGUACUACAAUAUUAGCUACUACAAUAUUAGCAGCUACCAGAAUUACAACUAGCAGGAUUGCAUCAAUAUUUUCAACAAAAUAAAACAUACAAAACAAUAUAUACUCAUGUUGAUAAAUGUUUAAUGCUGACCUUGUAGCGCAAUGGCACCAAAAAAAAAUGAAUGCUAUCAAAACAUUUGUUUGACUUGCAUCAUGGCUUAAGGCUGCUAAAUUAUGAGUCCCAAAGUUUGUUCAAAGCAAUAUUUCGGGGCUUGGGUUGUCGGAGUGACAUAUCUGGCAAUAAUGUACCCUUAAAUGAACUGUCUGACAAUACUGCGAACGACCUGUUGUUUAAGAUCAUGAAUGACCUAUAUUUUCAGGGCUUCGUUGUCGGAAAUGGCCUGUCUGACAAUACAAUGAAUGAUAACUCCAUUGUCUACUUUGCUUAUUACCAUGGACUCCUGGGAGAUGAGUAAGUUAAUCGUGUCGCUGUAACAUUGUAACAGUUAGCAAAAGUAUUGAGACCUUUUGCUGUUAUUAUUAUGGUUUAGGACACAGAUGGUAAUCAUUGUGCACCAGUGCUGCAUUGUCACGUGACUAUGUAUUGUUCAUUUAUUGCAUAUCAGUCUCAGUAAGAAUCUUUAACAUGUUUGGCUAGACCAGUGCUUCUCAACUUUGGGCCAGCAGGGUCUUGAGGGGGGGGGGGGAGGGGGCCGUGAAGUUUUUAGAGAAUGUUUGUUUAAAAAAAAAAUUACUAUCCUCAAACAAAAAUCCAAUAUUCAAUGAGUCAUCAGCUCUGCUAGAAGACCAAUGGACGUCUAUGGUACGCAAAGUGUUGAGAACCUCUGGUCUGGACAAAAUGAUGACAUUUUCAUUUGGCUCUGGCUUUUUAAAACAUCAAAAUUCCAUUAAUUUUUUCCCAGAUUAAACCAUUACACAUGUCUAGCAACUCACUUUCACUUUCCAUUGUAAUGAUUUUAACAUUGCUUGAGUGUGUCCACUAACUCCCUGACACAAGCUCCCUGACAACCUGACACAAGCUCCCUGACAACCUGACACAAGCUCCCUGACACAAGCUCCCUGACAACCCAACUCAUGCUCCCUGACACAAGUUCCCUGAAAACCUGACACAAGUAGGGACUGUUGGACUGUGUUCGAGGGAGACAACCCGACACAAGCUCCCUGACACAAGCUCCCUGACAACCCAACUCAUGCUCCCUGACACAAGUUCCCUGAAAACCUGACACAAGUUCCCUGACAACCUGACACAAGCUCCCUGACAACCUGACACAAGCUCCCUGACACAAGCUCCCUGACAACCCAACUCAUGCUCCCUGACACAAGUUCCCUGAAAACCUGACACAAGCUCCCUGACAACCUGACACAAGCUCCCUGACACAAGCUGCCUGACAACCUGACACAAGCUUACUGACAACCUGACACAAGUUCCCUGACAACCUGACACAAGCUCCCUGACAACCUGACACAAGCUCCCUGACAACCUGACACAAGCUCCCUGACACAAGCUCCCUGACAACCUGACACAAGCUCCCUGACACAAGCUCCCUGACAAGCUCCCUGACACAAGCUCCCUGACACAAGCUGCCUGAAAACCUGACACAAACUUCCUGACAGCCUGACACAAGUUCCCUGACAACCUGACACAAGCUGGCUGACAACCUUACACAAGCUCCCUGACAACCUGACACAAGCUCCCUGACAACCUGACUCAAGAUCCAUGACACAAGCUCCCUGGCACUGUCCCUUGUGAAGAUUGUUACAAAGAACUGAGAACUACUCAACUGAAUGAACCACCUAUAAUCCACACAUGAAUUUCUUGUAAACCCAACCAGGGAAUGGCUUGAUAUCCUCAAUGCCUGCUGUGCUGGCAACACAACAGUUUAUGGAUGUGACUUUGUUGCUGGGAGUGGCAGAUCUCAGAAAUGUGCUACAGCUGUGAGUAGUAGCUUGUUUGACAAUGUACACAUGAGUGUCUUUUGUUCUUGGGGUAAUUUAGAUCACUGUAACAGAGUUUAAAACUACUAAGGGUCAACACGUACAAACUGCACCUUGUGCCUUCUAUUUAAUCUGUGGGUUGGUCAUGAUGACAAAGGAAACGUAAUGUAUCAUGUACUUUAGAUGACUAAAACAUAAGGAAUAAAACCAGGUCAAAGUUUGUUGACCUGACAGUGAUGAUUUAAGGUCUUUAUAUACUCUUGUUGUUUAAAAUACUUUGGCCAGUGAGUCUCACAUUCGGUGGUGAUAGAAACUCAUUUUUUAUUUUUUCAAAACUUAUUUGAACACCCAGUGGUGGCUACAAGAUGUGGGAGGUGCAUGGAGGCUUUCAGCCCCCUAAUCAAGCAGGUACUUGCCUGCAACAAAAUUUUUGGCUCAUUUAUUUGAUAAAAACAUAAAGUGUACGAAACAAAAGAAAUAUAUUUUUAUAUAUUUCAAAACAUAUUUUACAUUGUUUCUUUUAUUCCGUGUUCCUUCCUUGUAGCCAAUUUUACUUUAGAUUGACCUAUUUGAUUCCAGACAAAUUUUUGUUUGCUUUGUUUCCAGCUUAAUAAAGUGCAAGUACUGGUCUGGAGCUCAGGGCUGAAUGUGUACAACUUGUACGCCAACUGUGCCGGAGGAGCAAAGGAUCAUGUGCUGCAUUACGACUCCAGUAGAGGGAAAUAUGUCACCAGCCAUUUUGGUUGGCCUUUCGUGUUCUUAACGAAUGAGCUGUCCCAGAGGAUAAAUGUAAAUUUUAAUUAACGGGAUUUUUUUUUUUUUUGGCCAAAAAAAAGUUCGGCUUAAGUCUUCAGGGUUAUAUUUAAAACCAGGGUCCCCUUCACAGUGGGGAAAAUGAGAAAUAGUUGGGCAUCCAUUUAAUAUAAUUGCCUGGUCAUGAAAACUUGGAAAAUAGAAAUUCCGGUUAGUCAGGCUAGUCUGGAAUUUUUUUAUUUGAAAAAAAAAAAAUUAUAACUUUGGAUUCCCCAAAAGUAACCUUUGUCAUUUAUCGAUAGGAUUUUGCCACGACGGCUAAUGGUUUACCCAUAAGCCGCAUGUGCUUUACAAGUUUCGAAUUAUGAAAUUUUGUGCCAUACUGCUUUUAUGCAUCAGACUUUGUUUUUCCGUUCAGUUCGCCCGCCCAUCAAGAGAUGUUUGGGGUGAGUAAAGUGUAAAAUACAGUGAGCACCACUUUUGGUGGACCAAAGGGAGCAGCACUGCUGUUGGACUAGAUUAACAAUUUAGGCGUACCAUAUUUUGUAGCUCAGGAUAGAGACAUUUUUAAAAAUCUUGUGCUGGAGAAAAUUCAGGUCAGGGGUCCAAACCUCAAAGGUCCUCCCAGUUAAAGAGGCCAGAUUUUAAUCAAUUGAUUUGUUCACAAAAAAAGUACUAUUAAUUAAAUGUGUUUAAAUCCUGUAAUUGCCCAAUGCCACUACAUUGUCCAGGAAGAACUACUGUAAUAUGCACCUUGUUUUUUUAUAUGUUAUUUAAAAUCAGCGAUAGGAUCCUGCAUAUUAAUUUAAAAGAGGACCUCUCCACUAAAUAUUAUUGAACACCACUGGGUCGAACUAUUUCUCCUUUGAUUCUCACAGAGGUUGAAAAAUAUCCCCAUCAAAAGACUCAUCUCGACACCUCCAUGCACCAAUGACACCAGCGCCAUCAACUAUCUGAACUCUGACCCCGUUAAGAAGGCCCUCCACAUCUCAGAUAAGGCUGAAGCCUGGGAUAUAUGCAGGUAAGCAAAACUUGCAAGGACCCAUGAAGUCAUUGACAUUUAGCCCCCUCUUCUAUCUCUGAUGACCACUUGUUGUUGACAGCGUCGAGCCUGGCACAACAACCAGUUCAAGUAUGGGAACAUAAAAAAAAAAUUAAUUUGAAUGGUCACGAGCAGAUAUUUUAUUUAGAGAUCAUAACAAUAAUAGAACUAUGGUCUAAUUUUAAUGGCUUCUAUAAACAAUGUGAAAAAAAAAAAAAAAAAUUAGGGACCAAUGAAGGUGUCUAUAAACUCUUGUACAAAGAAUUGUUUAAUUUGAAUCAUCAACACCAAUUUUAUGUAAAAAAAAAAAUAAUUUGAAUGGACACAAGGAUAUAUUUUAUUUAAAGAUCAAAAAAAAAAAAGAACUAUGGUAUAAUUUUAAUGGCUUAUAUAAACAAUGUGAAAAAAAAAAAAAAAAAAAAUUAGGGACCAAUGAAGGUGUCUAUAAACUCUUGUACAAAGAAUUGUUUAAUUUGAAUCAUCAACACCAAUUUUAUGUCAUUUUUUUCUCAAAUGUAGCUUGUAUACCCUUUUGUAUAUCUUCUCCUUAUUUAACCAGCUAUAACUAACCAACUCUCUUAAGAGAAACAAGCAAACUAUUAAGCCAGAGCUCAUUAAGUCUUCCCCAAAUGCAUUUCCCCCCUCCCAACCGCCCUUCAGUGUAAUCACCCCCUAGUCUUUUUCCAAUCGGGAUGUGAAGCGGCAUGUCAGGGGCAUUCCACCCCUGAGACAGCCCCAUCUGCCUCCCACUUGACUGACUAUGCGAGUGAAGUGGCAUCAGUGAAGAAACACCUUGUCAGCUGGGGGUGCUGCUCUCACAGCACCUUGUCGGCUGGUGGUGCUGCUCUCACAGCACCUGGUCGGCUGGUGGUGCUGCUCUCAUAGUACCUGGUUGGCUGGUGGUGCUGCUGUCACAGCACCUAGUUGGCUGGUGGUGGUGCUGUCACAGCACUUAGUUGGCUGGUGGUGGUGCUCUCAUAGCACCUGGUCGGCUGGUGGUGCUGCUCUCAUAGUACCUGGUUGGCUGUUGGUGCUGCUGUCACAGCACCUAGUUGGCUGGUGGUGGUGCUCUCACAGCACCUGGUCGGCUGGUGGUGCUGCUCUCAUAGCACCUGGUCGGCUGGUGGUGCUGCUCUCAUAGUACCUGGUUGGCUGGCGGUGCUGCUGUCACAGCACCUAGUUGGCUGGUGGUGGUGCUCUCACAGUUCCCGCAGUCGAACUUUCUACGAGCUGAGAUGGAUACGUUUUAAUGUCCCCAAAACACCCCUUCCCAUCCAGGGGUGGCGACAGAUGCCCUCUGGGAGGGUUUCUACACAUGAUUUCUAUUCUAUGAUUAUGUCACAAAGCAGCUGGGACCAAACGGUUGCCUAGGACUAGUCCCCUCAAAGGCUGCAUGAUCAGCACCAAGUAACAAGCUUUAAAAAAAAAAAAUUUACCAGGUGACCAAAAUGAGUCCUGACCAUUUUGAUUGUUACUCUGCGGAUGCUGAACUAUUUAACUUCAAGAGAUGACUGAGACCCUGAAUAAGAGAUUUUUUUUUUUUUUCAAAAGAAUUGACGCUGAAGCCCCAUUAUUAAUUAUUUAUUAUGCAAAACUUUUACUUUUAUAGAAAACAAUUUUUAAUAUAAUAUCAAAUGUACCAGGAAAUUCAUUGGGCAUUUCUCUGUUUGCAGCACUGUAGUGGGCAAUAACUAUGUCAGGAUAUAUUCCACAAUGGCGGCACAGUACCAAAAAGCAAUCAGUAGAAAGGUCUGUCCAGAUUUUUACAAUGGCAAAUGAAAUAGAAUAUAACCUUUGAUAAUUCGAAAAAAAAAUUAAUUAAUUUUUUUUUAAAAUUGUUUUUUUUUUGUUCACUAUCCAUCAUUCACUAAUUUUGAUACUUGUCCAACAGUUUUAGUUAAGUUUUUCAACUUGAUCCGAUUGCUUCUUUUUUUUUUUUUCUGUUUCAGCUGCGCAUCCUUGUUUACAAUGGUGAUGUGGAUAUGGCUUGCAACUUCCUUGGGGAUGAGUGGUUUGUAGACUCACUGGAUAUUGAGGUAAAUUAACUCAUGGCAUUAUGGCAUUGUUGCCUUAUCAAUAUUGGACAACAAAAUGUGUGUUUCUUUCUUAUCAAACCUUGACUAAUGGUAAUAUUUUUAAAAAUUAUUCAAAUAAGCCUGUCUAGGUCAAUAUUCUUUUAGAGUUAUUGCAAUAAUCAAUAUUCUUUGAGAGUUAUUCAAAUUAUCAAUAUUCUUUUGGAGCUAUUGAAAUAAGAUUAGAUUAUACAAAUGUUUUGACAUGUGCAGCCCUGUCUGUAAGAUACAAUAUUACUACAGGCUGGUGUUCAAUUCCAAGUCCCACCAAAAGGUCAUACAUUUUCCCUACCAAACAUGGUUGCAUUUCCCCUACCACAUGUGGAAAUGUAUGAGACUGUAGGUGAUCUUUGGGUUUGAACACCAGCCUGUACGAGCAUACUUAACAUGACUAUCAAUAAAUACCAUCUAAAUUACUAUUAAAUUCCUCAUGUGAGUCCAUUCCUGACAAAUAUUUAAUUCAUCAGUGUAAAAAAAACUCAAAAUUUGAUAAAAAUUGGGCAGUGUGAACUAUUUUGUUUUUAAAAACUGUGCUUUAACCAUGUAGACAUGAAGUAAACAUGUUAGAGUGCAUGCACUGCUAAGAGGACGGUAUUCAUGAAUAGAUGCCCAUCUGCAUCAUGCGGCUAUAAUGGAGAAAAAAAAAAUCUGGUGAAGCCGAUGAGCUUUGUGUGGAUAUGAAGUGUGCAUUUCCAGCUAGCACAAUAGGGAUUAUUUACUUUAUGUCGAGGGAAGCUAUAAUAAUGCCAUUCUUUAUUGAUAACAUUAAUAAUAAUAAAGUUUAUUUCAAAAACACGCUUCAUUCCCAAAGGCUCGAAGCGCGGUACAAAUUUAAAAAAAAAAAAUUAAUUUACCUCAUUUAAAACAAGCGCAACACUACAAAAACUAAUUACAAGCAUACCAAGUCAAAGUCUUUCUACCCAUUUCAACCCUAAGCAACACAGCCAAUAUGCAUUAAAUGGAAGAUAUGGUAGACAAUCAUCCCAGAAGGUGUUUGGUGAAAUAGAUGUGUCUUUCACAUUCCACUUAAAACUAUUAAGAUGACACAAGACUUUAAAUCUCACCACAGUGACCAGUGCUGUAUUAAAUGUGAAAGUGUUGGGAUGUCACCCUGACCUUCUCUUGUUUUUCAUCUUCAGAACCCUCAGAAGAGGAGGAAAUGGUACUACAAAGCAGAGGACGGCACCACACAAGUGGCCGGAUUUGUGAAGGCUUUUAACCGGGUCACUUUUGUAACAAUUAGAGUGAGUACUUUUUGGAACUCAUUUUAGUCUCUCUUUUUUUUAUUUGGUCAUCAAAUGAGGAUUAACCUCAGGGAAAUGUAUCAACCGCCGAACUGUCGAAUGCAAACAUGCUGUGGUGUCAACAAUUUAAAAAAAAUUUUUUUUAGUAACUCUGAUAUUUAAUCACUAAAACAGCCCAAGGCCAAGCUUAAGAACAUGAAUCUAGAGACCCAUAAAAAUAUCCGUCUACACCAAAAUUUCCACCACAGUCAUACCAUCCCUAUAGCCAUCACCUGGUACAAUAGGCCCCCUGAACAUAACUGAAACAGGAGUAGCCAAACUUCUCAAAGACCUGAAACCCAAAUAAAGUGCCGACGUGACUGUAUCCCGAACAUUGUCCUGAAGACCCUGGCUGACAACAUUGCCCCAACCAUGACCCACAUUUUCCAAAAGACGAUUGACUCCGGCAAACUUCCUCUAGACUGGCUUGAGGCAAAUAUCACUAGUGCCUACAAGAAAAGUGACCGUCAUAACAAAGCAAACUACCGCCCAAUAUCCCUGACCUCCGUCCCAUGCAAAAUUCUAGAACACAUCAUCUGUCGCCACAUCAUGAACCACCUUGAACAAUACAACAUUUUGACCAACCUAAACCAUGGUUUCCGCUCUGGAUUCUCAACAGAAACUCAAUUAAUCGUUACCACCAAUGACCUCAUUGCCUCCUAUGAGAAAGGUAUCCAGGUCGUCUUUGGCAAUUCUCGACUUCUCCAAGGCCUUCGAUAAUGUUCCACACAGCCUUCUUCUACAUAAGCUCCACCACUACGGCAUUACCGGCAACCUUCACUUCUGGCUCUCAACAUUCCUAAAACAAAGUACCAUGCAGGUAGUGGUAGACGGCGUCAGAUCAGGGAACGCCACCGUAGACUCAGGAGUUCCUCAAGGCACAAUGCUGGACCCCCUUCUCUUUCUCUCUCACAAAAACGACCUCCCUGAUACUUUAAAAUCUCAAGUGAGGCUGUUUGCAGAUGACUGUCUUGUCUACAGAGAGAUAAGCGGCUACGAUGACCACAACCACCUCCAAGCAGAUUUGAAGUGUCUUAUGAAUUGGGCAGACAAAUGGGGCAUGAAAUUUAACGAAACCAAAUGCUACACAAUGAGCAUCUCAAGAAAAAAAAAAUCAACCUAUAUGUACUCACUAAACGAGACAAUUCUCCAACAAGUAUCAAUCAAUCCAUACCUUGGAAUUCUCUUCUCAAAUAACCUAAAAUGGUCGCCCCAUAUAAACAAAAUUUAAAAAAAAAGCCAACUCCACACUAGGUUUCAUUCAAAGAAAUCCGCGCCACUGCCCAACUACCUGCAAAUGAAAUGCCUAUCGUCCACUACUAGAAUAUGGUGCGAUCAUCUGGGACCUACACCUAAAGCAAGAUGUGGACAAGAUAGAGCGAAUCAAGGCAUAAUGGAUAUUGAUUCUUUUUUUUUUUUUUUUUUUUUUUAAAAAAAAAAAUAUUUUCUUAAAAUUAAAUCUCAAUUUACCUGGGAGUUUUUUUUUUUUUUUUUUUUUUAAAAAACAACAUAUUUUCCUAAAAUUAAAUCUCAAGUUACCUGGGAGUUGUUUUUUUUUAAAUGACGCCCUAAUUUGUUAAUUAAUUCUUAUCUUACUAAAUUUUAUUUUAUGCUGAUCUGACUUAAAGUCACAUUAAAUUUCACCAGUAACUUUAUUUUUACCAGUGACAGGCUGUGAUAAUGUGAUCUGCAGGUUCAUCUAAUUAUUAAUGAAUAUCUAUAGCCGAUACACAUUUGCAAAACAAAGUGACUGCAGAUUGCAAUAUAAGCGUCAGUCAUCUACUUUAAGAAGUUACCUUUUUUGAUGUCAGCUCAACUCAGUUCCACUAGACCAGUGGUCGGCCAAACGCGGCUCCUGAGCCGCAUGCCGGUCUUUAACGACAUGAGUGCGGCUCGGCCAGCUGGCCACAAAAGGGUUUUGACUUCAAAAACAUGUUUUUUGACGGGUUCUUGAUUCGAAAUUUGGUUAAUCGUCCUGCCACUAAUUUUUUUGGCUUUAUUGACUAAUGAAUUUGCUGACCACUGCACUAGACACGCUGAUGCAAGUAGUUACUGUAUAAAUUAUAUAUAAGGUGUGUUUAUUUAUACGCUUUAUUAUACGAUUUUGAGAUGAUAUUAUACAAUUUUUGGAUUUCAUGGGUAAACAGGUCUGAUACUGGGUUGAUGGAGGCGGGUUGAUGCUGUCUUUCAAAUUAUUAUAGUUGAUCGGGUUGAGUGAAAGGGUGGGUGGGUGAGCUCAGAUCCUGAUUUUUUUAGUUUUACGCCCAGCUAAAGAGUAAAGUCACUUUCAUCUGGAUUGUUCAAUCAAUCAAUUUUUAAAAAAAAACAACUUUUGCUGAUAAUUUGAAACUAACAAUUUAAUACCGGGUACUAAAAAUAGGGAAAAAAAACACUUUAAAAAAAAAACAACUUUCUAUCAGAGAUGAGUUAAAACACCACUGAAAAGUAGAAGAUAAAUUAAAACUUCUUCAAAUGCAUUAGAAAAUAUUUUUAAAAAUUGAUUUAAACCCCCCCCCCCCCCAUUUAAGUUUUGUCUACAUUCAAUUCCAAUCCUUUGGGUUCAUAGAGUGCUCAUCUACACUUGUGCACAAAUGGUCAUUUAAAUAACAUUUUGUAACAAAGACAAGUGGGCUUAGCAGUGCUGUCAACUGUCUGUAAAUUUACAGACAGUCCGUAAUAGUUUUCAUAUGCUUGUCUGUAAAAACUUUUGGAUGUCCGUAAAGAAAAAACAACACAAAAAACAGAAAUUUUUCCUAAUUUUUAAAAAAGUGUCCAAAAAAUUUUAAGCUACAAAAUAGUGGUCAGUAAAUUGAGUUUGCAACCCUGGCUGGCACUGAGGGAAUAAAUUAUUUUCACUUAAACUUAAAUUCUCAUUCAAACAGUUCAAAUAAUUUUCAUGCGGAACACACUGUUGAUGUCUCUUAACUUGAUUAUUUGUUUUAUUUUUUUGUUCCCCAGGGAGCUGGCCACAUGGUCCCCACAGACAAACCGAGACCCGCGCUCGACAUGUUUGUCAACUAUAUACAAAAUAAACCAUUCUAAAUUGACGAAAUAAUGUGACCCAUUGAAGAAUGUGACUGAAAUAAUAGGACUUUGAAUAUAUGGGAAUGAAAUAAUGUGGCCAAUUGAAUAAUGUGACUGUUGAAGAAUGUGACUGUGAAAUUUCUUGAGACGAAAUAGUUUAUUAACAAAUAUGUUUAGAAGUUAUUGCGUGUCUGACUGGUAGACAGUUUUGGAAUAGAGUGAAAUGUUGCUACAACAAAGCCCUUUUUAAAAAAAAUUCAUUGAAUAAAUAAUUAGGCAAACUGCAAAUGACUGUUUCCUGCUAACUGAAAUUAAAUAAGUUUUAAACAUCAAUACAGUACAAGAAAUUCUUGCUCUAAACAUCCAUACAGUACAAGAAAUGUUUGCUUUAUACAUCCAAUGUUUGUAUAUAACAAAACUUGUAGCUUUUUUUGGUUGUGCAUUUCAAUUUAGCUGUUAACCAGCUCUACAUAAAGUUGUGCAGUUUUUAUUCUUUUUAUUGAUAAUCAACAUCAAUAGUUUAUUGAUAGAUGCACGGUUUCACAAUUGUCUCAUUGACCAUCAUCAAAUAUCAACCAGGAUGAUAAAAAAAGGUUGAUCUUUUUGUGUAAUGCCAUUAUCACAACGGCAACAUAUCUUGGCCUACGUCUUAAACACCAUAAAUUUUCAGGGCACUUUAGAUAUGUUCUGGGCUUAUCUGCCAUAAGAAUCUGGUGCUUUAUUCUAUAAUUAAGCAUUAAGAAUGAAACAGGAUUAUCUAGUGAGAGGGCCAGGAGGAGAUCAGAGCUUUCAAAAUAUGCUUUCAGUUUAUUAUAGCUUUCAAUUUAUGUUUUCAGUUUAUUAUAGCUUUCAAAAUAUGUUUUCAGUUUAUUUUAGAUUUCAAAUUAUGUUUUCAGUUUAUUAUGGCUUUCAAAAUAUGUUUUCAGUUUAUCAUAGCUUUCAAUUUAUGUUUUCAGGUUAUUAAAGCUUUCAAAUUAAGUUUUCAGAGUAUUAUAGCUUUCAAAAUAUGUUUUCAGUUUAUUGUAGCUUUCAAAAUAUGUUUUCAUGUUUUCAGUUUAUUUUAGCUUUCAAAAUAUGUUUUCAGUUUAUUUUAGAUUUCAAAUUAUGUUUUCAGUUUAUUAUAGCUUUCAAAAUAUGUUUUCAGUUUAUCAUAGCUUUCAAUUUAUGUUUUCAGUUUAUUAAAGCUUUCAAAUUAAGUUUUCAGUUUAGUAUAGCUUUCAACAUAUGUUUUCAUGAUUUCAGUUUAUUUUAGCUUUCAAAAUAUGUUUUCAUGUUUUCAGUUUAUUAUAGCUUUCAAAAUAUGUUUUCAGUUUAUUUUAGCUUUCAAAAUAUGUUUUCAGUUUAUCAUAGCUUUCAAAUAAUGUUUUCAGUUUAUCAUAGCUUUCAAUUUAUGUUUUCAAUGGGAUUGAUAAACUUUUUACAAACUUGUCCCCUCUUCUACUUCUAGUACUUCUAGUUUUCAUAUUGCAUCAAGUAAUCAAAAAAUUAUCUUAAAAUUCUGAUUUAAAAUGAAACCCACAGCUUUACUUUAAAAGAUAUCUGCUUUCCUCUGGCAAGAUCUCAUCAUUCUUUUCUCAACACAGUUCCUUAAGGUCACAUUAAAUUUAGUAAUGGUAUAUCCAACAAAGUUAUUUCAUCUAUGGAAUUGAAAAUUUUUAAAAAUGAAAUAAUAUCGUUUUAUUUUUUGGUCAAAAUUUAUUUUUAAUAAAGUGGUAAAAUUCUGAACUUGUC